GUUUACUCGGCUUACCUAUAACGCCCUUUUUCCUUCUUCUCUCUUUUUCUUUUGCGAUUAAGCUGCAUUGAGACAAGCGGAUUUGCCGCUAGUGCGCAAUCCUUAAUAUUUCCACAGCCCGAUCUUUAGUAUUACUUUCCCGCCCUGCUUUCGCCAAACCUUGUAAAAAGCAAAAGUUCUCAAUCGAAUGUCGCUCUUCGGUUCUGUCGGCGCUACGUCGACUACAGCGGGUCAAACAAACACAACCGGCGAUAUAUCCAAAGAUGUUGCUCUCAAUUCACCCCCUGAAGAUAGCAUCUCUGAUCUUCAAUUCUCUCCCACCAGUGAACACCUUGCUGUAGCUUCGUGGGACAAGAAGGUUCGCAUCUACGAGAUCAAUGACCAGGGACAGAGCGAAGGGAAGGCUCUCUUUGAGCACGAAGCUCCAGUUUUAAGCUGCUGCUGGUCACCGGAUGGAACUAAAGUGGUAGGCGCUGGUGCCGACAAAGCCGCUCGCAUGCUCGAUCUCGCCACAAAUGCUACCACGUCUGUCCAAGUCGCAGCCCAUGACGCUCCGAUCAAAUGCUGCCAGAUGAUUCCGAACCCUGCUGGAGGCACCCCCCUCUUAGUAACCGGUUCGUGGGACAAGACAGUUAAGUACUGGGAUCUACGGCAAUCGAACCCGAUUGCCACAGUGGAGUGUCAGGAGCGUGUCUACACCAUGGAUGUCAAGAAUAAGUUGCUAGUGGUUGGGACCGCAGACCGAUACAUCAACAUCAUCAAUCUCGAUAAUCCCACCAAAUUUUACAAGACUAUGCAAUCCCCUCUUAAGUGGCAGACGCGAGUAGUCAGCUGCUUUACGGAUGCUACAGGUUUCGCUGUUGGUAGUAUCGAGGGCCGCUGUGCUAUCCAGUAUGUGGAAGACAAGGACUCCAGCUCAAACUUUAGCUUCAAAUGUCAUCGAGAAACGCCUCCAAACCAACGCGAUAUCAAUAACAUCUAUUCGGUCAAUGCUAUCUCUUUUCACCCGGUUCACGGGACGUUCAGCACCGCGGGUAGCGAUGGAACCUUCCACUUCUGGGACAAAGACGCCAAACACCGCCUGAAGGGCUACCCAUCCGUAGGUGGGACCAUCUCUAGUACAGCAUUCAAUCGCAAUGGCAAUAUAUUUGCAUACUCGGUGAGCUACGACUGGAGCAAAGGUUACUCGGCCAACACCCAACAGCUUCCCAAUAAGGUGAUGCUUCAUCCGGUUGCUCAGGAAGAAGUGAAGCCCAGACCUGGUACCAGGAAGAGGUGAUAGAAUUAUAUGUGGGGUAUGACGUUGGCGCAUUGAGGGGUUUAGUGUGGUCGGCAUCAGCCUUUGGGUUGAUAUCUCGCGAUUUUUCAAGUCCACUUAUUUACAAUAUAAUGACAUUGUCGGUAGCUCCUCCCC